UGGCAACCAUCUCUCCGUGUGCCCUGGCCCCGCAGGCCUCCUGCCCGCUGCCACGCUGGCGCUGCGCUGCAUGGACGGCGUCUUCCUCUCGCCCAACGAGGAUGAGUUCGUGGGCAGGAUCGCGGAGGAGCUGGAGCACUUCAUGCUGCAGGGGCAGCACCGCAGAGUGCUCCUGUUCCCGCCUCUGUCCAGUCGCCUCAGGUACCUGAUCCACCGGACCGUGGACAACGUGGAUUUGUUGAGCAGCUUUUCUGUGGGAGAAGGAUGGAGGAGGAGGACAGUGAUCUGCCACUCGGCCGUCAGGCUGCCCAGCGAGACCAGUGACCAAAAACCCAGCAACAACCCCCCGAGACCGCAGCGACCUCCGCAGCCGUGGGGCCGGGGGGGUCGAGGCAGCAGGCUGCGGCACGGCCCGGAGAUGCACGGAGACAACUCUCGAGCCUGCGUGGGCUCUGGCAGGAUAAAAAGGCCUCCCAGGAAGAAGCCCGAUAAAGCCCUGUACGUCCCCAAGGCGAUGCGCAAGAAGGCAGAAGGCGGGGAGCACGAGAGCCCUGUGGGGAGCGCUGGGUGCAGGGGGGACGAGGCACAAGAAGAAAUCGUCUGCCCUAAAGCUUCAGCUGGGGACGCCCAGGAGGAGCUGGGCAGGUCUGGAGACAGCACAGGUGGUGUCUCCUUGGCCCCUGGCGAGGAGAGUGUUUCAGGGAAAGAUAACGAUGAUGCCAAUGAUGAAUGUCCUCCGUGUUGUACGGAUGUCCCAUCCUUGGAGAACAGCAACGAUUUCUCUGGGCAGGAGAGUCAGGAUAAAGACUGUUCAGAUUCUUCCGUACACAGUAAAAACCCAGUUGGAGCAGAAGAGCAAGAGUCAAGCUGUGACAACACUACUACGGCGGAAGGGAGCAAAAUCCUGCGCCAGGUGCAAGCUGGAGACCAAACGGGGCGGGAUGCUGGUGUGUCAGAGUGCAGCAAAACCUCCUCCCUGCCAGAGAGCCACGGCAGGAGCGGCUGGACGGACCCGGCUGUAGAGUCGCUGACGCUGGAGAACCAAGAUAAGAGCUGUGCUGCUGCCAGGAGCCUGGAGAGCGCCCGGAACGUGUCGCUGCCUGAAGAACGGAGCAAGGACUUUGUGAACGCUGGCGCGGUGGAGGGGGACAAGGGCUCCUCCGAGCUGGAAAGCCAAGAGCAAGAGUGCCCCAGCGUUGUCCAGGUGGAGCAGAACCAGAACCCCCCAGAAGCCCAAAAUGAGCCUCUGGCCACCCCCGAGCGUGUCCCUGGUGCUGAGCCACCACCCGCCGAGGCCCAGGGGCGCUGGGUGGCCGCUGCCCUGCAGAACCACAGCAGGAAGGUGCCCGGGGAGGAGGAGGAGGAGGAGGAGGAGGAGAAGGAGCGUUCAGGCUUGGCCAACGCGCUGUGGCGUGAGCUGCACUUGUCUGCAGGAGAUAAAGAGGAGAGCGCGGGCGGCCGCGGCCUCGAGGACGACUGUACCGCCGAGCUCUUUGCAGAGAUUGUGGGUUAUUUAACCGUGAAGGACAUAAGCAUUGAGAAGAUCAGCGUUGAUUAUUCCAGCUACAGAGAUGCACAGCUCAGCGAGGGGGAUUUCGGCCACGUAACUGAAAUCUAUGACUUUUCCCCAUCACUGAAAACGGAGAACCUGUUAGAAGUGUUCUCGGAUUUCCACGAGAGUGGCUUCAAAAUCCAGUGGGUCGAUGAUACACACGCCCUGGGAAUCUUCUCCAGCCUGUCUGCAGCAUCUCAAGCCCUGGGGCGACGUUACCCUUCUUUAAAGAUCCGACCGUUGAUCCACGCAACAAAGCAGAGUAAAAUCAAGGCACUGCAGCGACCAAAGCUCCUUCACCUUGCAAAAGAAAGACCCCAGACUGACACGGCUGUGGCGAAGAGGCUGGUGACCCGGGCCUUGGGGCUGAAGCACAAGCAGCAGGGCGACCCGGGCACUGAAGUGCUUCUGCCAGAAACCUUGGACCAGGAGGAAUGAACCACCUCGGCUCAAAAAAAAGAUGUACAGAUGAGCAUGGCUGUGAUAUUAAACUGCAUGCAGAACA